AUGAGUCUCCCCGAGGAGUUCGACAUCAUCGUGUGCGGUGGAGGAAGUUGUGGGUGUGUGGUGGCGGGCAGGCUGGCCAAUCUGGAUCACAAUCUCAAAGUGCUGCUCAUUGAGGCUGGUGAGAGCAACUUGAACAACCCCUGGGUGUUCCGCCCGGGAAUCUACCCCAAGAAUAUGAAGCUGGACUCCAAGACAGCAUCGUUCUACGAAUCACGCCCGUCGAAGUGGCUUGCCGGGAGGAAGGCCGUGGUGCCCGCUGCCCACAUCCUCGGAGGAGGCUCUUCCAUCAACUUCUUGAUGUACACGCGUGCCUCGGCAUCAGACUACGAUGACUUCCAAGCCAAGGGCUGGACGACUGAGGAGCUUCUGCCCCUGAUGAAGAAGCACGAGACUUACCAGCGUGCAUGCCACAACAAGGAAGUGCAUGGCUUCGAGGGUCCUAUUAAAGUUUCCUUCGGCAACUACUGCUACCCAAUCAAGGACGACUUCCUUCGCGCCACCGAGUCACAGGGCAUCCCGACUGUUGAUGAUCUGCAAGACCUUCACACGGGCCACGGGGCCGAGCACUGGCUCAAAUGGAUCAACCGCGAUACCGGGAGGCGAAGCGAUAGCGCUCACGCUUACAUCCACGCUACUCGCGCUGUGCAUUCGAACCUGUACCUCGCCUGCAACACCAAGGUCGACAAGGUGAUCAUUGAAGAUGGCCGUGCGGUUGGUGUGCAGACUGUCCCGACCAAGCCUCUUCAUCCGAGCCAGGUCAAGCCUCGCAUCUUCAAGGCCAGGAAGCAGAUUGUGGUGUCGUCGGGUACCCUCUCGUCUCCGCUGGUGCUCCAGCGAUCUGGCAUUGGUGACCCCGAGAAGCUCAAGGCAGUCGGUGUUGAGCCAAAGGUCGACCUCCCCGGCGUUGGUCUCAACUUCCAGGAUCAUUACCUCACAUUCUCGGUAUUCCGUGCUAAGCCCGAGACGGAGAGCUUUGAUGACUUUGUCCGUGGUGUGCCCGACGUUCAGAAGAAGGUCUUUGAUGAAUGGGCCCUCAAGGGCACCGGCCCAUUGGCCACCAACGGUAUCGAGGCUGGCGUGAAAAUCCGCCCGACUAAGGAAGAGCUUGAGGAGUUCAAGACCUGGCCUACACCGCACUUCAACGACGGAUGGGAGUCUUACUUCAAGAACAAGCCCGACAAGCCGGUCAUGCACUACUCUGUUAUUGCCGGCUGGUUCGGCGACCACAUGCUCAUGCCCCCAGGAAACUUCUUCACCAUGUUCCACUUCCUGGAGUACCCCUUCUCUCGCGGCUCCACGCACAUCAAGUCGCCGGACCCCUACGCCACGCCCGACUUCGACACGGGCUUCAUGAACGACGAGCGCGACAUGGCGCCCAUGGUCUGGGGCUACAUCAAGUCGCGCGAGACGGCGCGCCGCAUGGACGCCUACGCCGGCGAGGUGCAGAACAUGCACCCCUUCUUCGACUACGACUCGCCCGCCCGCGCGCACGACAUGGACCUCGAGACGACCAAGCGCUACGCCCUGCCGGGCAACCUCAGCGCCGGCCUGCAGCACGGCUCCUGGAGCGUCUUCCUGCCCGAGGCGGACCGGAAGCCCGGCGCCGACAUCCUCAACAGCAACCAGGCGCACAUCCGCGAGGACCUCAAGUACUCCAAGAAGGAUAUCGAGGCCGUUGAGGAGUGGGUCAAGAGGCAUGUCGAGAGUACCUGGCACAGUCUCGGAACUUGCUCGAUGGCCCCGCGCGAGGGCAACAGCAUCGUCAAGCAUGGUGUUCUCGACGAGCGUCUGAAUGUCCAUGGAGUCAAGGGACUGAAGGUAGCGGACCUCAGUAUCUGCCCCGACAACGUCGGCUGCAACACUUACUCGACUGCACUUCUCAUCGGCGAGAAGGCUGCCAUGCUGGUGGCCGAAGAUCUUGGCUAUUCCGGUGAUGCCUUGCAGAUGAAGGUGCCAGAUUAUCAUGCACCUGGAGAGACCCGCCUUCCGUUCCGCGUUUGA